GAGUGCUGCAAGUCGACUACUAACGCCUGCUUGUUUACAAUUUUUCCCUGUUGACAUUAAAGCGGCUCGUGGCAAUCGUAACUAUAAAACGCCCCGAUUUUUUUUUUUUUUAAUCAGCGUUCGGUCAACCGUUUUAAUAAUUCCUCGCAUCGCAUCUCCUUCAGCCUGUCUUUUGUUUCUACUUUGAUUUCGCCCCCUUCCCCCUGUUUUAGCCGCCGAUGCUAACUAGCGAGCUAAAGUCUCCGGAAAGGGAACAAUGACUGCGACUUGCGCCGACGGCGGCGGAGGUUUAAGCUCGAAAGGACUGGACAUCAGCCUGGCCGCUUUGCAGAGACACGAUCCGUACAUUAAGAACAUCGUGGACGUGGCCAGCCAGGUGGCCCUUUACACGUACAACAACCGAGCCAAUGAGUGGGAAAAGACUGAAGUGGAAGGCACUCUGUUCAUCUACACAAGGCUGGCCUCGCCCACAUACGGCUUCACCAUCAUGAACAGACUCAGCAUGGAGAACCUGACCGAGCCCAUCACCAAAGACCUGGACUUCCAACUCCAGGACCCCUUCUUGCUCUACCGCAACGCACGGCUGGUCAUCCACGGCAUUUGGUUCUACGACAAGGCCGACUGCCGGCGAAUAGCCCAGAGGAUAAAAACUCUGACCCAGCAGGAGCAGGCGGUUUUGCAAGGUGGCUGGCUGCCCCCUGGUGGAGGUGCAGGUGUCGUGCAGGAUGAAGGGCAGGCGGUGGACAUCAUCCAGAUGCUGACCAAAGCUCACAGCCAGUACGACAAGGAGAAGUCGACCUGCGAGCCCAAAGAGAUAGGCGGCAGCGGCGUUCUUUUCGGGAAGCCCAACCUCAUCAAACCCAUCCCCGUCAAGCCCACCACUCCGGACAACGACGCGAGCGAGUCCAAGCCGCUCUCCCUGGCCACGUUGUUUGGCCCUCAGCAUCAGCCUUCGCCCAAAGUUGAUUCCGCCUCUCCUUCCGCCGCGCCCGUAGCAAGAAAAGCCUCUCGCCCUCCCGUCGCCCGCACCUUGACCUACGAAACCUCGGCACCCAAGGCAAUCACCCCGACGGAAGACGCUUCGUCCCGUCAUCAGAACUGCCCGGCCAUCCUGAAGCUCAUGCAGGGGCAGAGGGGGGCGCCCAGCGGGGUCCUUCAGACGCUGUCCGAGUCCCCGGAGAACCGGCUGUGCGACAACGGUGUCCCGCUGGACCCCCACCACCACCACCACCGCAUGUACCACCAUCAGAUGCACCAUCAGCACCAACUCGAUCCAAUCAAGAGGCUCUUCCAAAACGCCGCUGCUCCUUGUUGCGCUGCGCCGUGUUCGCACCAGCAAGCGUUUUUCGGGCACUCCAAGCAGCCACAUCCAGGUGCGCCUCCUCACAUCCCCGGCGCGCUUUCCCCGCACGAGCUGGUCCACAAGCUGCAGCUGGUCCAGCAGGAGCAAAGCCAGGCCCCGCAGGAAGCGCCACGCCUCGGCCCUGCGCUGGCCCCGCGCUUCCAGGUGCCCUCUAGUGUGGCCGCGCCGGCCCCGAAGGCGGCGCUCCAGUUUCAGGCGCCUUCUCCGCAGAGGAUCCCCGCCACUGUGGCCCCGACGUUGCUCCUCUCUCCCAGCGUCUUCUCUCAGGUGAAAUCGGACGUCGCAUCGCCGGCCGCCGCCGCGCAAAACCGGUACUCAUCUGCCUCCUCUGGUUACACGCUUCAGAAGAAAAGCGGAGUUCUGUCUAAAAGCCAGCUCCAGGCAACCUUACUGCACUUGAUCCAGACUGACAGCUCCUUCCUGGACACCAUCUACGAGGCUUACGUCGGGAAUUUUUGCUAACCGCCUCAGCGGCAAGGACCUUUUUUGGGGACUGGAGGCGGCACCAAAACCCAAACCGGCAUCAUAAAAGCGGUCACGACAAAUCCGAACAAGGAUGGCUCUCUUUUCUGGGAAUAAAGCACACAUACACGAUGGGGGUGAAAUAUGAAACUAAGUUCUAGUUGACAAUCUCUGAAGAAGGAAUGAGGCUUAAAAGUUGAUGUAGCAUUUUAUUGUUUUGGAUAUGACAAAUUGUACAAUUGGCACAUGGCAAAAAAAAUACUCCAAAAAACUAACUUUAUAGAAAUAUUUUAUCUACAUAUGUUUCAUAGUGUUAUGCCAUUCCAAGCAUUUUUUUUCUGGGUGAAUUUCAUUUCUAAAGGACAUGAAUCAAGCUGCACUACCUCGCAGAGAGCAAAGUUUUCUACGAACUGCAUUUCAAAUGGAAUAUUACACCACACAAAAUUCAAACUUUAACCGUUCCAAUGGCACAGAAAUAAGCAAUAACAUGAUGGCAUUGCAAGAUGCACACAUUUACCUGGUUCGUAAUGAAUAAAGAUUUAAAAUAGCUGGGGGGAACUAAUGUUUAUACUUGCAGUUAACCAGCAAGCAACGUUAAAAUGAAAGGAGGCAUUUGAACGCAACAUGUUCUUUUUGCAGUUGACAUGUUGUGCCAAUGCAGGUAACAUUUGGCAGGAAAGUUUUUUUUUUUUUUUAACAUAUGGUUUGUCGGGUACGUUGGGUUUCAGCGGGAGUAUCUUGGAGUUGUCUAUUAAAUGUUUUGAAAAGAG